UCCUCGAAGCCAGCGGUGGGAACUCUGACCUCUCUUCCAACAACCCAUCACAGUCUCCGGAGAUUUUGGGCAGGGGGAUCCCCCGAAAGGGCGGCCACAACCAGGAGUCAAUGAGUCCUAUGGCAGUGCCCUCAGGAGCGGCAGGCAAAUCAACACUAAACCCAAAUGCUCCACUCUUCAUCCCGAUGGCAUUUCAGCAGGUGGAAGAUUUUUCACCGGAAUGGUGGGAAUUGGUGAAGACAACCACAUGGUUCCGUGAACAUUGGUUCCAUCAGCACCAAGAUCAAGAAACCUUUGAUGCUGAUGAUGAGGUGGAUGUGACCAACCUGCUGCCCGACUCCUUUGAUCUUGGAAUUGUUGAUGAAUUAUCCAUUCCAGAAGCCGAGCUUGACUAUGCAGCUUUGUAUCUCGAGUUUGGAGAUCAAAUUUCAAAAGCCCUGGAGAAAGAAACGAUAUUCUGUAAUGGGUUUCUGAGUGAUGAAGAGCUAGAGGUAAAGAGCCUGGGCUUGAAACAUCCAAAGAAGGGCACCAGACCAAUCCUAGAACCAGCAAAAUAUUGGGAGAAACCUAAGCAGCUCCUGAGCCCAAAGUGCAGUCCUCGCCGUAUAAUCCAGCAGCCUCGUUGAGUAUCGUCUGAGUGCUACUUUGUCAGUAGCAAUCCAUCUCCAGGGAACAGGGUACCUUUUGUAUAGAGUUAGAAGGCUGCUGUUGUAGUUCUUUGUAGUCCUUCAAACAAAAAGGUGUAGAGAAGUCAGUGGAGUUGAUGAUAAGGUGUUAUGUAGUGUCAUUGUUCUGUGUCCCACGUAAAUUGAGUGCAGUGUAUGAAUGUUUUAAUCUUAAACAAGCCGUCCUAAAAUCAGCAACAAUCUAAGAGACAUUGGAAACAAUAUUUUGUGGUAUAAUUCCGUAGAUGGUUUGCACCAUAUCUA